GCUCCGCUUUGCGCUUUUUGCUCAUUUCGAUUUUGCCAAGCGACGUGUGCGGAACUGAACUGAACCGAACUGAAUUGAUACGCGGUUCGGCGGAUUCGCUUUGUACUUUCGUUUCUUGUGCUGUUCUGUGUGCCGUGCGCCCCGCCGAAUCGAUAUCGAGUUGAAAUCAAGUCAAAAUACGAAUUCGUGUGUUUUUUCUCUGUUUUUCUUUUUAUUUUGUAUUUUUUUUUUUAUUUGCGUACUAAGAAAUUAGCGUUCUAGCAAAAGCGGAUCUGUGAUUUUUGGUUCUGUUCUGUUUUGUUUACCUCUGGCUUGUAACGAUCCAAAACAAAUAGCAAAUCGCGUGAUUAAGUGAUAAAGUGGCCAGAAGUCGGUGGUCGGGCGCUCUGCACACUGCUUGCAUUCAGCGCGGCACCUGCACUGCUUGCAUUCCAGGGCAAUGGCUCAGUCGACGGCAACGGCGCCGCUCUACGCCGGCUACAAACCCCUGAUCAGCUCGGUAACCACGGAUACGGAUCCGGAUCCGGAUAUGGCCCCCUCCCUGUCAGCAGAAGGAACAGCUGAUCAGCCCCAAAAGUUGCAGAGAGAGGGAGAAGUGAAAGGAGCAUCAUCAGAAGCCCAACGGACAAAAGCAAACCCUAACCAGACACUUUCAGCCAGCAACAGCAGCUCAAUCGACGACCACGACGAGGAUCAAGUAGGAACAUUGCCAUUGCCCCUGCUGUCCAUCAAUAGAAGGACACCCACCCUGCUCCCCCGCCCCGUUCCACCAUCAUCGACCCGAUUCACAUCGUCCUACAACGACGACCUGUGCACGUGCAGCAACUGCGCGUACUCCAGUUUCUCAUCCUCCUCCUCCUCCGCCUCGUCCACAUCCUCGUCAUCCUCGAGCGCUACAGCAGCAGGAACAGCAUUAGCAUCAGCAGCCGCAUCCGCCGUUGCCAAGAAGCUAGCACGCUCCGUGACCGCCACCAGCAUCAUGGACAUGCCGUACAACACCUCGCCGUCGCUACGCGUGCGCACCACCUCGCUGAAUCAGCUGAAGAAGACCGCCGACCUGGCCAUCGAGAAUGAGCUGCACGUCUGUCCGUCGGUGAUGUCCGAGGAGCUGCGCAAGCUGCUGCCGCCCACCUCGGAGACCGUGAUGACCAAGCCCUUCCCCAUCCGGGGCGAACGCACCAUUGCCGACUGCACCACGCCGCAUGUGAUCGCCAUGGUUGGCCUGCCGGCGCGCGGCAAGACCUUCAUCUCCAAGAAGCUAGCGCGCUACCUCAACUGGAUCGGAAUCUCCACGCGUGUUUUCAAUCUGGGCGAGUACAGGCGUCAUGCAACCACCGCAUACAAGUCGCACGAGUUCUUCCGCGCCGACAACGAGGAGGCGAUGGCCAUCCGCAACCGGUGCGCCAAUCAGGCGCUGCACGACUCCUGCGAUUGGCUGCUGAGCGGCCAGGGCAGCAUCGCCGUGUUCGAUGCUACCAACUCUACGCGCGACCGUCGCCAGCUAAUCCACGACAUUGUGGUGAAGCAGCAUGGUUUCCGGCUGUUCUUCGUGGAGUCCAUUUGCGACGAUCCGCAGAUUAUCGAGCAGAAUAUUCUGGAGGUCAAGGUCAGCUCGCCAGAUUACCUUAACAUGAACACCGAGCUGGUGGUGCGGGACUUCCUGCAGCGCAUCGAGCACUACGAGGAGCGCUACCAGCCCAUCGACGAGGUUACCGAGUCGCACCUUAGCUUCAUGAAGGUGUACAACGCCGGCAAGAAGGUGGUCGUCUACAACAACGAGGGUCACGUGGAGUCGCGCAUUGUCUACUACCUGAUGAACAUCCACAUAACGCCGCGCACUAUCUACCUGACGCGGCACGGCGAGAGCGAGUACAAUCUGAGCGGCCUCAUCGGCGGCGACUCAAACCUGAGCGCCCGUGGCCACCAGUACGCCAAUGCGCUGUCCACGUUCAUCGCCCAGCAGCAGAUCGACGGUCUGCGCGUGUGGACGUCGUGGAUGAAGCGUGCCAUUCAGACGGUGGCCGACGUGAAGGCGCCGCAGGAGCGCUGGAAGGCGUUGAACGAGAUCGAUGCCGGUCAUUGCGAGGAAAUGACGUACGAGCAAAUCAAGGAGAAGUUCCCCGAGGAGUUCAAGGCGCGCGACGUUAACAAGUUCGCCUAUCGCUAUCCGCGCGGCGAGAGCUAUGAGGAUCUUGUGGCUCGACUGGAGCCGGUCAUCAUGGAGCUGGAGCGACAGGGCAAUGUGCUGGUUGUGUCGCACCAGGCGGUGCUGCGCUGCCUCUUUGCCUACUUCCUGGACAAGUCCGCCGACGAGCUGCCCUACCUGUACGUGCCGCUGCACACGGUCAUCAAGCUGACGCCGGUGGCCUACGGCUGCAAGGUGGAGCACAUCAAGUUGCCCAUCGAUGCGGUGGACACGCAUCGUCCCAAGCCUAAGAUUCCCGGCGACGUCAGCGAGCCAGGACUGGAUGGCCUCAGCGGCGAGCUGGUGGCACCCGAUGGCGUCGGCAAGGUGCUCAUUGUGGGCGACGAUGUGGCGACGGCCACGAACGGCAAUGGCGGGCGCGUCGAUGUCCAGGCGCACCAAUGACGGCGUCGCCUGCACCCCGUGCAUCCACAUCCACCUCCGAAAUCCAAGACAAUCUAAGCACGGCUGCUGGAACGGCUACGGCUGCCCCAACCUCCAAUACACUAGCCCGCCCCCAAUCCCAGAACAGAUCCCGCACUAAUUCUUCCCCCAGCGCAUCCCGGACAGCCCAACCGAAACGGACAAAGACACGGACGUGGUCAUGCGAGGGCAACACUGACAACUGCUCCUGCACCUGCUCCAAGGAUGUGGUGGCAUCUCUACUUAACGUGGCGUCGAAGGACUGCGUAUGAAAUUGUGAUUGAUCCAUUGUGCUGUUUUAUUAUGUACUUUAAUGAACGAUUAAAUAUUUUUAAAAUUUUCUAGAACAUCUAUAUACUUUGAUAAAAGCAAAAUACAGACUUAAACACCUAUCUAGAUUUACACAUUACACAUCUUCUCCUGCGAAUGGAGAAGUCCUGCUGAUUAGUUACCCCUGGCUUCACAUGCAGGCGGUUGGCAUCCCACAUGCUGAGUGCUCCAGCCACUAAAAACUUAUUAAUUCUAACGCUGUAUACUUAAAUGUGCUCUAAUCUAAUUCGUUGUCUAUUUUUUAUAACCGUUUUGAGCGAAUUUUAUAGCUAAGCGAGAGGACAAACUCACGGAUUCCAUUUGCCAACUCUGUUUAACUGAAACCACUUGCCCGACACACUUUUUACCCUAUGUAUAUGUUGCUCGUAAAUGUUUGUGUGGAAUAAAUAUUGUAACUACAUAAAUACUAUUUCAAAUAAUCAACAAUAAAUACAAUUUAUCAAAAGAA